AUGGCCAAUCCUUCUUCUGAAAACACUCCCAUAGCCAUUAAUGCUUCUCAACAAAUCACUGCAAGGCUCACACCAACCAAUUUCCCUUCCUGGCAUGCUCAGUUUGAGUCACUCCUCCUCGGUUAUAACCUCUAUGGUUACAUCGCUGGAACUCAUACGUGUCCACCCCAACCAAUGACAACUGAUGCAGCUACCUCUGCAGCUUAUCAGCUUUGGCUCCGUCAGGAUAAACUUAUUUUAAGUGCUAUCCUGACCUCUGUCUCUCCAAUUGUGAUACCGCUCAUAGCAACAUCAAAGACAUCUCAUCAAGCUUGGACUAAACUCACCAAGCUCUAUGCUAGUCGAUCAAGGACUCGUGUGAUGCAGCUCAAAGAGGAUCUCACCCUCUCACAGCGUGGCACUCACACAAUCACAAAGUAUCUCCACUCUGUCAAAACAAUUGCUAAUGAACUUGCUCUUAUUGAUGCUCCUCUAUCUCAGGAUAACAUCAUGUUGUAUGUUUUGCAUGGAUUAGGCUCUGAAUAUCAUGACAUUGUUGCCCCCAUUCGAGCUCGUGAAUCCUCUCUUUCCUUUGAAGAGUUACAUGAUCUUUUAAUUGGUCAUGAGGCAUAUCUCAGGAGGCUUGAUUCUACUGCACAAUCCUUGGUACUAACAGCAAAUACUGCUCAACGUCGAGCUCUCAUGCUUCAAAACCACAGAACUCACAAUCAUCAAAGAAUGACUCCAAGUCCAAACCUAGGCAGUUCAAGCUGUAUAAAUACCCACCAAAAUGCCAAUUCUGUGAUCAACAAGGACAUGUUGCAAAAUACUGCCCAAAACUGCAGCACCCAGAACCACAUGUGA